CGUGCAACUUCGAAACGACGACGGCCAUGUUUCCCGACGUGUUAACGUAUUACGAGUAGGGACGAUAGGAAAAUGGCCGGUAGCGUGUGUUCGUUUGUGUUGUUGAAUUCAGUAUAGCUUUGGAUAAAUACCUCCGGUGAACACUAACGGACAUAUGGCGAGAAAGGUGUUUACCCUUUCGAUUGAAUAAAUUAAAAAAGAGGGCGAUUGAGUAAAGAUACAAGGAUAGUAAGAUGGCUAGCCCUUCACCGCAAUCAUCUCCUAUGCCUCCACCGCAAGCCCCAAGUCCUAUGGGUCCCCCGCAGCAAGCGCCGUCACCAUCUAAUCCUCAAGGCAGCCCCAUGGGUCCACCGCAACAUCAUCCACAUAGUCCGACACAAGCAUAUCAGACUGGGCCUCCGAUUCCACCUGGUGGCCCACCUAUGUCGCAACAACCCCAACAACCACCGCAACAGCAACAAAAUUACCCAUCUCAUCCGCAACAAAUGCAGCAGAACAUGGGUCCUCAGAACCAAGGAGGACCUGGCGGUCCGACAAGUCAGAAUGCCAGCACCCAGCAAGGUCCAGGAGGUCCCAUGGUGCCAGGUCAGAUGGGGCCUAAUGGACCCCAAGGCGCGUCUCACAUGAUGCAGUCAGGUCCGAACCAGAUGGGAUCCAGUGGACCUGGACAGAUGAGUGGAGGAGGGCCGGGCCAAAUGGGACCAGGAGUUCCGAGCCAAAUGGGGCCCGGUGGGCCCAAUCAGAUGGGACCGGGCGGUCCGGGUCCUAUUGGACCUAGUCACAUGUCGCAAGGAAGUGGAGGUCCGGGAGGACCUGGAGGUCCUCACAUGAGUCAAGGACCGGGCCAGAUGGGUCCUGGCAGUGGUCCUGGUGGAAUGGGUCCUGGAGGACCACCCAAUACGCAGAUGGUUCCAGGAGGAGCAGGACACAUGAGUGGCCCCCCUGGGCCCGGUCACAUGAGUUCUGCAUCCGGUCCUCCUGGGGCUGGUCACAUGAGUUCAAGCGGUCCCCCAGGACCAGGUCAUAUGAACACGAACGGUCCCCCUGGGUCAGGACACGUUAAUACCAGUGGACCCCCAGGGUCGGGACACAUGAGCUCCGGAGGACCUCCAGGAUCGACUCACAUGAAUACCAGUGGACCUCCUGGGCCAGGAAGUCAUUUAAAUAGCGGGCCGCCUAUUCCUAGUCACAUGAACGCGAGUGGGCCUCCAGGAGCUGCGCACAUGAGUUCCAGUGGACCAGGUAGUCACAUGGGACCCGGUGGUCCGGGUCAGAUGCCACCCAGCGGGCCCAAUACACAUAACAUGCCACCAGGUGGCCCAAAUCAAAUGGGUCCUGGCGGUCCGAAUCAGAUGGUACCCAGCAGUCAAUCCCCAAUGGGUCCUUCUUCCAUGGGACCUGUAGGACCUACAGGGCAAAUGGGGCACAAUGGUCCCACGCAGAUGGGCCCUAACGGACCGGGGCAAAUGAAUAUGGGAGCCACGACGACACAACUGGGUAUGGGGCCAGGAGGUCCUGGAAAUCAAAUGGGACCUGGAGGACUUGGAGGGCAGAUAGGGCCAGGUAAUGGUCCUGGAGGACAAUUGGGGCCGAACGGGCUUGGGCAAAUGGGAGGUGGGAGCGGACCCGGAGGACAAAUGCCUCCUGGAAACGGGCCUGGAGGACCUAUGGGUCCUGGAAGUGGGCCUGGCGGGCAGAUGGGAUCCAGUAGUGGACCCACGAGUCAAAUGGGCGUGGGAAACGGUCCUGGAGGACAGAUCGGAUCGGGAGGAGGUAGUGGAAGCCAAGUGGGGCCAGGAAAUCCUCCAGGGAAUCAAAUGCCUCCUGGAAGUGGACCAGGCGGACAAAUGGGUCCGGGAAGUGGGCCUGGAAACCAGAUGGGUGGUCCGGGAAGUGGUCCUAGUGGACAAAUGGGCCCGGGGAGCGGUCCGGCUGGACAAAUGGGACCGGGAAAUCUGCCUGGAAGUCAGAUGGGUCCGGGGAGUCUACCUGGAAGUCAGAUGGGUCCGGGAAAUCUAUCUGGAAGCGGUCCUAGUGCACAAAUGGGACCUGGUGGACAGAUGGGGCCUAGCGCACAAAUGGGACCCAGUUGUCCUGGAGGACAAAUGGGGCCUGGCGGACCAGGAAGCCAAAUGACACCCGGAGGUCCUGGAGGAAAUCAGAUGGGACCUGGAGGCGGACCUGGUAAUCAAAUAGGUCCCAAUGGACCAUCCAAUCAGUUGAGUCAUGGUGCUUCGGGCAAUCAGUUGGGUCCAAACGGAGUAAGUGGACAACCGUCCUCUGGUCAAAUGGGACCUAGCUCGCAAAGUCAGCCAAUGGGGCCUACUGGAUCGACACCGAUGGGACCUGGCACACCUGUGAAUCAGAUGAGCCAAACUGGGCCUGGUCCAACAGUACCUUCCGGCCCUAGUGGUCCACCAGGACCUUGUCAAAUUGGUCCUUCCGGAGGUCCUCCUGGACCCGGGCAAGAAAAUUUGAACGCAUUGCAAAAAGCCAUCGAUUCGAUGGAGGAAAGAGGACUUCAAGAAGAUCCACGAUACUCCCAGCUGCUCGCUUUGAAGGCUCGACAAGGUAGCAUUGGCGAAAAGCAAGCUUUCAGCUCGCAACAGUUGCAGCAGCUACGAGUACAGAUAAUGGCGUACCGAUUAUUGGCAAGGAACCAACCGUUAACUCCUCAACUAACACUCGCCCUUCAAGGUGGAGCCCCUCCUCCUCCUCCAGGUAUGGUGCAACGACCUCCUAUAGACCCAACUCAAGCAACCGCCCCUACUACAGGACCACAAAUUCCUGGGCCAAAUGUAAUUGGCCCUGCGGUACCUCCAAGACCUGGUUGUCAAACCCCGCAACAACAACAACCACCUCCUCAGACUGGCGCUAAAACCAAUAGAGUAACAAGCGUUGCCAAACCAGCUGGAUUGGACCCGUUACUGAUAUUACAGGAACGCGAGAACAGGUAUUUUAAUUUAUCAGAUAGCCCUACACCUCUUAAUACAGUAAAGACUAAGUUGCACAUUUUGAACUUGAACAGAGUGGCGGCUCGAAUAGCACUACGCAUGGAACAGCUAAGCAAUUUACCCACCAACAUGCCAGAAGACCUCCGCAUUCAAGCUCAAAUUGAACUUCGAAUGCUCAGAGUGUUGAAUUUCCAAAGACAGUUACGAUCAGAGAUUCUAGCCUGUACGAGAAAGGACACUACCUUAGAGACUGCAGUGAAUGUAAAGGCCUACAAACGUACGAAGAAACAGAGUCUCCGAGAAGCUAGGGCCACGGAGAAGCUAGAGAAACAACAGAAAUUGGAAGCUGAACGCAAACGCAGACAGAAACAUCAGGAAUUCCUCAGUUCCGUGCUUCAGCAUGGCAAGGACUUCAAAGAGUUCCAUAGAAAUAAUUUGGCCAGGUUGGGCAGGCUGAACAAGGCUGUACUAAAUUAUCAUGCGAACGCCGAACGUGAACAGAAAAAGGAGCAAGAACGUAUCGAGAAGGAACGUAUGAGACGUCUUAUGGCGGAAGACGAAGAGGGAUAUAGAAAACUGAUCGAUCAGAAGAAAGACAAGCGAUUGGCCUUCCUGCUGUCUCAGACCGACGAGUAUAUCAGUAAUUUAACUGAGAUGGUGAAGCAGCACAAGAUCGAGCAGAAGAGGAAGCAGGUGGAGGAACAGAAGCGUAAAAAGCAAAAGAAGAAGAAGUUGCAAGAUGGCGAGGGAGGCGAAGAUGGUAGCAACAACGAAGACUCUCGCGUGGGUGUGAUAGAGACAUCUACAGGCCGUACAUUAACAGGAGAAGAAGCGCCAUUGAUGAGUCAUCUUCAAGCGUUCUUAGAAUCUCACCCUGGUUGGGAACCGAUCGAGUCGGAAAGCGAAGACGACGACGACGACGAUGAUGAUGAAAAUGGCGACGGCGAAGAUAAAUCGGACCAUAAAGAAAAGGCCGCAGGUGAUUCCGAAGAAGAUAAAGUUAAGAAAACAAUUCAUAAAGCCAAAGUGGAGGACGAUGAAUAUAAAACCGAGGAACAGACCUAUUACAGUAUUGCUCACACUGUUCAUGAAGUAGUAACCGAGCAGGCCUCCAUUAUGGUGAAUGGAAAGUUGAAAGAGUAUCAGAUUAAAGGCCUCGAGUGGCUGGUAUCGUUAUUCAAUAAUAAUCUCAAUGGUAUCCUUGCUGAUGAGAUGGGUCUCGGCAAGACUAUCCAGACGAUAGCUUUAGUAACCUACUUGAUGGAAAAGAAGAAGGUCAACGGACCGUUCCUUAUCAUCGUUCCGCUAUCCACUUUAUCGAAUUGGGUUCUUGAGUUUGAAAAAUGGGCUCCCAGCGUCGUGGUGGUGUCGUAUAAGGGUUCACCAGCUGGCAGAAGAGCUAUUCAGUCCCAGAUGAGAGCCACGAAGUUCAACGUCUUACUCACUACUUACGAAUACGUUAUCAAGGACAAGGGAGUCUUGGCAAAACUGCAGUGGAAGUACAUGAUCAUCGACGAGGGUCACAGAAUGAAGAAUCACCACUGUAAGCUGACGCAAGUCUUGAAUACACAUUAUUUAGCGCCUCAUCGACUCCUCCUGACAGGAACACCGUUGCAAAACAAACUGCCAGAAUUGUGGGCGUUGCUGAAUUUCUUGCUACCUUCCAUCUUCAAGUCCUGCAGCACUUUCGAACAAUGGUUUAACGCUCCUUUCGCCACCACCGGUGAAAAAGUCGAACUGAACGAAGAAGAAACGAUCCUCAUCAUCCGUCGUUUGCACAAAGUGUUGCGGCCCUUCUUGCUGAGACGUCUGAAGAAGGAAGUCGAGUCCCAGCUUCCAGACAAGGUCGAGUAUAUUAUCAAGUGCGACAUGUCUGGACUUCAGAAGGUGCUGUACAAACACAUGCAGAGCAAGGGUGUGCUAUUGACCGAUGGUUCGGAGAAGGGCAAGCAGGGCAAGGGUGGUGCCAAGGCUUUAAUGAACACCAUCGUACAACUGAGAAAACUGUGCAAUCAUCCGUUCAUGUUCCAAGCGAUCGAGGAGAAAUACUGCGAACACGUAGGCACCCAGGGCUCCGGAGUAAUCACCGGACCGGAUUUGUACCGAGCGUCGGGCAAGUUUGAAUUGCUCGACCGUAUCCUUCCUAAGCUGAAAGCCACCAACCACAGAGUGCUGCUGUUCUGUCAAAUGACCCAGUUAAUGACAAUCAUGGAGGACUACCUGAACUGGCGGGGAUUCAUGUACCUGCGACUGGACGGAACAACGAAGGCCGAAGACAGAGGCGAUUUAUUGAAGAAAUUCAACGACCCCGGUUCCGAAUACUUCCUAUUCCUGCUAUCUACCCGCGCCGGUGGCUUAGGAUUGAACCUCCAGGCCGCCGACACCGUUAUCAUCUUCGACUCCGACUGGAAUCCUCAUCAGGACCUUCAGGCUCAAGACAGAGCUCAUAGGAUCGGCCAAAAAAACGAAGUCCGUGUGCUUCGGCUGAUGACAGUGAACUCCGUCGAAGAGAGAAUCUUGGCCGCGGCCAGAUACAAGCUGAACAUGGACGAGAAGGUCAUCCAGGCAGGUAUGUUUGACCAAAAGUCCACCGGGUCCGAGCGGCAGCAGUUCUUGCAGAGUAUUCUGCAUCAGGACGAUGCCGAAGACGAAGAAGAGAACGAGGUGCCGGACGAUGAGACGGUGAAUCAGAUGAUCGCUCGUACAGAGGGCGAGUUCGAGAUAUUCCAGAAGUUGGACUUGGAACGGAGGAGAGAAGAAGCGAAGUUCGGGCACAGUAGGAAGGCUCGGUUGUUGGAGGAGAAAGAGUUGCCAGACUGGUUGGUGAAAGACGAUGAUGAGGUCGAGAGAUGGACCUAUGAAGAGGACGAGCCUGGUUUCCUUGGUCGGGGAUCCAGGCAGAGGAAGGAGGUCGAUUAUUCUGACAGUUUGACGGAGAAGGAAUGGUUGAAGGCAAUCGACGACGAUGGCGCGGACUACGAGGAAGAAGAAGAGGAUGAUAAGAAGAAGAAAAAGACUCGGAAGAGAAAGAAAAAGAGCGAGGAAGACGACGAGCCUAUGCCAAAGAAACGAAGGGGGGCCGGGACCUCCAUCGACCCGAAGAUCAAACGAGCAAUGAAAAGGCUGAUCAUGACGGUAAUUAAUUACACGGACAGCACAGAUGGCAGGUUACUCAGCGAGCCAUUUAUGAAGCUACCUUCCAGAAGAGAAUUGCCAGACUACUACGAGAUCAUUAAGAAACCACUGACCAUCAAUAAAUUACUGCAAAAGAUCGAAGAGGGAAAGUACAACGACUUCGACGACCUCGAGAAGGACUUCAUGCAGCUCUGCAAGAAUGCGCAGAUCUAUAACGAGGAGGCCUCUUUGAUACACGAAGAUUCUAUCGUACUGCAGUCAGUUUUUACUAAUGCUCGACAACGGAUCGAAGAGGAGGGUAAUACUUCCGACAUUGACGAUAAAGGUGACGGUGAAGAUGGAUCGGACGCCGACUCCAGCGUGCGAAUGAAGAUAAAAUUAAAAGGGAGGAAGGGCGAGGGUCGCGGAGGGCGCAGAAAAAGAGUCACAAAGAAGUAUAUUUCCGACGACGACGACGACGCCGACGAUAACUAAGAGACUCGUAUGUGAUUUGAUAGGGAUACAAGGAGAGAAUAGGUAAGGCACCUUUAAUCAGCUAUCUCGAAGUCUAACUAUUAUCCGAUGUGCACAAUUGUUAUGAUAUAGUUGAGCUAUAUGAAAUUCCGCGGGAACGUUGCACUAUGAAUUAUAGUAUGGAAAUACUAUUGUCGGUCAAGUUGUAUGUCGGCGUGGUCCUCUGACAACAGCGAACUAUCUUCGGAGUCGUACGUUGAAUACCAAGUUCUGUAGAUUUGAUACGAAUUGUAAUAGGGCGACGGAUCGCAUCACUUCGUUUCCUCUAUUUUCUCUUUCUCGUCUAUUCUUUUCUUUUAUUUGACGCAAGUGUACGUGCAGAACUUGUACGGCGUGUACAGUAAGAUGUAGCGUUAACGAUUAUAUGAGAAAUGAACACAUUACGUAAUUUUAUUUUAAUUUUUAAUUAGCGGGCACGCACCGCGACAAACGUAGCUGUGGUAUAUUAAUGAUUCGAGCGAACUUCCUUUCAUUCAGAUCGCGUUUUUAGUUCGAGCGUUCGAGGGUGAUUAACGAGGACAAUAAUUUCGGUGAGAGCAACUCUCUCUCUUCGAUCGAUCAUAUUUUUUAAUUAUCUUAAAGCUUAUAUUACAUUCACGACAAAAUGAUUUCUAUAAUUCGAUCCGCCUCGUUACUCGCUUUCGCCCCUGCUAACAAUUUUAAUUGAUGAAGAAUCAGAGAGACGUGCACGUGAGAAACGUUGAUUAUUCAGAUUAGGGAUUUGCAUCGAUCGUGUUCUCCGUGAGUUUCGAGUAUCGUUCGGAUGGUUCCUUCGCGUGUAUAGGAUCCUCUAUAUCGGCCGGGGGACUCGUCUCUUUUUCGUAACAUUUUCGUCCAACAUUGUUCAGUAACGCGCAGCAGAAAAGUCACGUGAGAUCCGAUUAUUUCAUUUACACUGUAUUGUAACUUGAUCUUAUAUAUAUAUAUAUAUACGUAUAAGUGAAUAAAUCUGAAAAACCUUGAUCUGUGUACCACAUUCUUAUUAUUCUAAGCGUUACUUAAGCAAACGAAUACUGGUAAGCGAAGCAUGGCCUGUUACUCUUCGUACUUCUGCUACUCGGAAUUUAACUGUCUAUGUUUGCCUAUCACACAGAUAUAACUCCACGUAUUUUUAUUUUAGACCACUACUGUUUGACGUUUCUAUCUAGAUACAAAUAUCGAGCGAUUUCAGUCAAUGCCCUCUUCUUCUUUAAGUAUUAUAAAUUCAGUGGCAGUCACGGAGAGGGCGUUUUUCCUUCUUUUAGUCUUAAGAAGAUAUUUUUUCAGUGCAUUUCUAUUUUUUUAGAAAAUAGUCGUAAUUACGUUUAACGAUAUUUUAUAGUCCACGCAACUCUGUACAAUUUUAUUGCUAUUAAAAAUAUUAUUAUUAUUAUUA